UAAUUGCUAAAAAUCCCGAUUCCCGAAGUAACCCUUUAUUAAUUAAGGUUCGUUUUUUUUUAGGUAUGAACUUCCCAAACAUCCCAGAUAGCACUGACCAUAGGGGAAAGUACGGCAGCCUAAUGGUGUCUUGAACAUAGAAAGGAAUAACAAGGAAGACAAUUACCGGGUUUCAACUGCAGAAUUUCAACACAUUCAACAUUUUUCUUUUAACAUUAAAUCAUUGAAGCAAGCAAGCCAGUACCGCCUUGUGAUAGUAGGCCAAACUGAACAACUGGGCUUGUAUGUGAGGGCGAGUCUGUUCUGUCAACCAUGGCCAACAACGUGGAGGACGUCGAGAACAACAUGGUGACUGAGACUCCAGUACCAACCCAGAACCAGCACCCUGAGCCUGGGGUGACGGGGGUGCGGUCCAGGGGUGGAGGGGGUGGGGCGGAACAGAACGGACAGGCUCCCCCACAACGCACCCCCCAGGUGGUAGAGAGUGAGGAAGACGAAGAUGAGGAGCUGACGCUGAAGUACGGGGCCAAACACGUCAUCAUGCUGUUCGUCCCUGUCACACUCUGCAUGGUGGUCGUCGUGGCAACCAUCAAGUCCGUCAGCUUCUACACCCAGAACGAUGGACAGAGGCUGAUAUACACCCCAUUCCCAGAGGACACAGACACAAUAGGGCAGCGAGCCCUCAACUCAGUCCUCAACGCCACCAUCAUGAUCAGUGUCAUCAUAGUCAUGACCAUGGUGCUGGUGCUGCUAUACAAGUACCGCUGCUACAGGGUGAUCCAAGGCUGGCUGUUCCUCUCCUCUCUACUUCUCCUGUUCUUCUUCUCCUUCAUAUAUCUCAAAGAAGUGUUCAAGACGUACAACGUGGCGAUGGACUGGAUCACCUUGGCUGUGAUCGUCUGGAACUUCGGGGUGGUAGGGAUGAUCUGUAUCCACUGGAAGGGUCCUCUCCGCCUGCAGCAGGCCUACCUCAUCAUGAUCUCUGCUCUCAUGGCUCUGGUCUUCAUCAAGUACCUUCCUGAGUGGACCGCCUGGCUCAUCCUGGCCGUUAUAUCUGUCUAUGAUCUCCUAGCGGUGCUCUGCCCCAAAGGUCCUCUACGUAUCCUAGUGGAGACAGCCCAGGAGAGGAACGAACCCAUCUUCCCUGCUCUCAUCUACUCCUCGACCAUGGUGUGGCUCGUCAACAUGGCAGACACUGGCCUCGGACACAGACCAAUGACCAGGAAGAACUCAACAGAGGCCCCCAUCACUCAGGUUGAGAGUCAAUCCCUAGCUCUAGGCCCGGCCCCUCUCAGCCCCCCGGAGGAUGACGGAGGGUUCACCCCUAACUGGAUGGGGCAUCAGGAGCAUCAGCUGGGACCACUUCAGUCCACAGACGAGACCCGACGGGAGAUCCAACAACUCCCCUCUGCCAGACCACCCGUACUGGACGAUGAUGACGAGGAGAGGGGAGUGAAGCUGGGUCUAGGAGACUUCAUCUUCUACAGCAUGCUGGUGGGGAAGGCCUCUGCUGCAGCUAGUGGAGACUGGAACACCACCCUGGCCAGCUUCGUUGCCAUACUCAUCGGCCUGUGUUUGACUCUUCUUCUCCUGGCCAUCUUUAAGAAGGCCCUCCCUGCCCUUCCCAUCUCCAUCUUCUUUGGCUUGGUGUUCUACUUCGCUACAGACAACCUGGUCAGACCUUUUAUGGACCAGCUGGCUCUGCACCAGUUCUACAUUUAGCAGGAUGUUCCCUUGCUCUCGCCGCCCCACGGGAGCUGCAAUCAUCAACACCAGGGGUGUAUUCAUUAGUGCACUCCCUCCGUUCCCCUGCUCUCGCCGCCCCACGGGAGCUGCCAUCAUCAACACCAGGGGUGUAUUCAUUAGUACACAACAUAGCGAAACGUUUUUGCAAUGAAAACAUGCUGUUUUUUUUUUUUUUUUUACUAAAUCCGGUAGGUUCCCUCCCCCUUUUUGUCCUGUUUUGCUGUGCCAGAGUUCAACCUCUAACAAGGGGACCAGGGGCAUCUCCAGUCCAGCCCCCUGACUGAAGUUCAAUGGUAGAUUUUGGAUGUGCUUUUUGUUUCUGGGCUUGGGGGGGUGGGAUGGGGGGGGGGGUUCAUAACCACGAUGUCUUUUGAUUUGUUCAUACUUUCCUCGUUUUCCCUAAAGUGAUUGAUACGCCGUCUAAAGGUCACGGUGAGUUUAAGGUAUACUGCAGUGGGUAUUACCACAGAGCUAGGAUGAGUUGAUGAUUCUGUUGUUGUUGUUUGGGAGUCACACACACACGACCCAGAAAGGGGGAGAAGAAGAGGCAGCCUGGUUGGCCUCCUGAGAAAAGUACUUCAGAGGGGCUUUUAAUAAACCCAACUGGGCGAUUUAGGACUUUAACACUCUCACUAACGGGAUGGACUGUCACGUGACAUGAUGAUGUAACUGGUGAUACUGGUAAAAAAAAAUUUUUUUUUUUUUUAGAUAAUUCUACUUUGAUUGUUGUGCUUCUUGAAUUGAACUCGUCAAGAGCUUUGCUUUGUCCAUCCAGCACUGCUCUGUGUUCCAAACGGCACCCUAUUCCCUGAAUAGUGCACUAGAGUCAAUAGGGCUCUAGUCAAAAGUAGUGCACUAUAUUAGGGGAAAGGGUGCUAUCCAUCCUGCAUUCCAGGAUCCAUUUCCAUGUUUUUGUUGUUUGUUUUCCUCCCCACUCAGUCAGACAUUCAGACCGUGAAACCACAAAGGCCUGUGAGUUUUUUGUACACAGUGUUGCUGACCCAACAGGAACGGGAUGGCUUGAAACGACGCCUAUAGCGUUUAUAAUAUAACAGCUUUGAGUUGUGUCCCCACCGAACUGCAUCAUCAAACAACACGGUUUGGCUGACCAGGUUCUGGUCCCUCAGAGCGACGUCUAAAUCUAGACGUGUCUUUUAAUUCUAGCCUGAUUCCAGUGGUUGUCAUGACGAUGGAGGCAGAUUUCGUGGGGGGGGG